CUCUGCUGGUCCCUACAUUUAUUUUGGCAUGAUUAUGAGCAGUCCAACCAAAGAGUGAUUUUGCCUUUUUAGAGUGUUUAAAUCUCAGGAUUUUAGUUGCAUUAAGAGGUGAAAUUCCAAAAGAAAGAAAAAAAUAAUCCAGAAACAUCUAAUGCAUUUAAUCACGGUGGUCUGUGUUGGGAGCCACCGCCUGAUAUGCGCAUUUUGCGCACACAUGGCGCAGCUAUGACGCAAACAGAGUGUGAGGAAAGCCUCGCCCAGUCCAGUGUUUUGUCCAUGGAUGAAACACAAAUCGACCGUAACAUAUAAAAUGAAAAUGAACACUGCAGACAUGCUAUUGUUGCACGCCGCUGUUUUGUGCAUCUUGUAUGGUUCAUCUGCUGGUCUCAAGCAUAAAACGGUGUGCUAUGGCAAAAAUUAUGAAAUACCAUUUUCUUAUGCACCACCUCUUUUCCAUGGUCCAUUGUACUUCACUCCAAAUGGGGGAUCCAGGAGGCUAAUGAUGGAUAAUGGGGAGGCAAAGGACCCACGCCUUAAAGUUUCAUUCAUCUCAGCUGUAUUCGAAGAUUUGACAGAAAGAGAUGAUGGAUUUUUUUCUGUCUCAGAUGAUAAUGGCAUGUUUCACGAUGUCAUCAAACUGGAAAUUUUGGAUUGUGCUGAAAAGGAAACAAGGUAUUACGGGGAAAGGUUCUCCUAUCAUAUUCCUAGAGAGGCUGCAUUUUUGGAGUUUACUCCCCUUGACAGUGAGGACCAGCCAAAGGUCCUGUGGAACCACACCAACCGUCACACCAAUAGGGGAGGCAGAGGACAGGUGAAGCGUAAUGUGUGGGAGAUUAUGAACGUAAAUCAGGGAGACAUGGGCCACUACAACUUCAGAAGAAAAGACAACACUUUGCUGUCGAGGAUACAGCUCACAGUACAAGAGGGAUUUAGACAAUAUGAUACAAAGGUGGACAAGCGGCUCCUCAUUGAAAAUCCUCUAGGUGAUGUGCCGAUGACUGUGACUUUUACACCUGAGGGGGAAAUGAAACACUACACAUUGAUGAAAGCAGGCCUUCUGGUUGAAGAUGAGAUGGACUCUAUGCCUUGGACUUUUACACGGAGGAUUUUGGUUGUGCAAGAUGGCAUAGAGAUUGAUCCUGUGGAAAGCACAGACUCUGGGACCUUUGAGUUCAGAGACCCACAAGGUCACCUGGCCCUGAUUGCGCAGGUGGUGGUAAAACGUGUUUUUAUAUCUCCAGCUCCUGCCGUUGGUUAUGGUACUUCUAUUUUUGGGAUUUUGUUUGCGGGUAUUAUCUGCCGUUGCUGUGUGAAAAGCUGCUCUAAAGAGAGCUCUUCUAAAAGGAACAAGUCUGCUCUUCAGACUGCAGGUGCACAUGCACGGGCACCUGCACCUGCACCUGCACCUGCUGUCUAUAACCAUGAUUCGGAUCGAUCUGGAGGCCCAAUUUACUCCGCUGCACCUGGUUCAGGUUACUCUCAUCAGCCAUUGAAUUCUGGAGGACCCACAUCUAUCUUAAAUGAGCCAAUGGUACACAACCCAUCGCAAAUCCAUGUGAGCUCCCCUCAGCCUGAGGUUGACCCUCUAGGAGGGAAGGGAGACGAUCCAGCUCCUUCACUCAGCUUUGAUUGUCUCUCGUCGGACCCUGAGCCAAAGUUUGAGCUGAAACUGCCCUCUGCUCCCCCCCUCAGUUCAGAUGCAACUUUCAGUGAUGUUUACACCUCAGAUAAACUCAACUUUCUGUAAGUGCACAGAAAGUUUGAGAAAUGCAGAGUUGCAUUGAGCAUUCUACCUCUACUGACAGCCAUUUCAGUCUUUAAUUGAAAUGUGUGGUAUGCACACAUAAAAAGUCUAAGAUGAUUCCUGAGUACUUGACAAUGUCAACCUCACUGAUUACCUCUUUUUUGAAUUUUUUACCUUGAAUCUGCACUGUGUAUCUCAUAGCAGCAGAGAGUAGGAGUAAUACAGAGACAUGAAUCAAUUUAGGUUGAGUCUUGCGUAUGAUGAAGGUAUUUUUUCUCAGGUAAAGAAGAAGAAAGCUCACUCAGAGCGCCAUAGCUACUGUAGAGUUAAUUGUCAUGAUCAGGAUUUCUGUGUAAUAUAAAUGUGUGCUAUACAUUCAGGUAAUAUUGAAUGUAUCAUGUACACUGAGCCUUUCUCCUGUUGCUAAGGUUACCAUAGGUAGGAGAGAUGAUGUCACAAUGAGGUCUAAAAGCUAGUCUUUGUAGCAGAUUUUAGAAAUUAAGGAUUCAAACUGACCCCAACACUCAUGGAGAUCAAACCACUCCACUCUGCAAUUUAAGCCACUGUUACCAGAUUUACUUUUACAGUAUUUUUAUAUGGUUAUUUCAGGCUGAUACUAUGUGCCUCCAGCUUCUUACCUGAAAGUCUCUGUGUAGUUUUUAUCAUUACAUUGUGAGAAAUUAUAUAUGAUGUUUCUAUUUUCUUUUAUUCUGUAAUAAUGUAAGUUCUACAUCUGGAAUCUUUUUUUUAAAUGGUCUUUUGUGUCUUAUUAGAUUUUUACUUAUAAUAUCCACUUUUGGAAUCUUGCAGGGUCCCUAAUUUAACACUAAGUUUGACUAAAACAUUUAGCUAAAGGUACAUACAUGUACUUUUACUCAAGCAGAAUUUGAGUGCAUGGAUGUUUACUUUAAUGAAGUAUUUCUGCAUUGUGGUAUUGCUGCAUUUACUUGAGAAGAAAAUCUGUAUAUGAAUUAUGAAAGGCAUCUCUAGUAGUGUGAAUGUAUAGUUAGCACAGAAGAUAUUAUGAUUAUAUCCUGUAUAUGUCCAGGUUUAUUAGGCCUACUUACUCACCUAACGUACUUGCAAAAUGAUUAGACAUUUUAAUGUACUUUAGUCAAAGAAACUUAAUCAUGCUAGAAUAUAAAAUGUAUAGAUGCAUGUUUAAAUAAUGAAGUGUCCUACAUUUGGAAACUGUUACACACUGUAUCUUUGGGUGCAUAUUUGUAGAUAAGCUCUACUUGUGGCUUCAAGAAACUGCCCCAAUCAUUACACCAAGAAAUCUAUGAGUAAUUGUUCUAUUAAUUACAAAUAUUUGUCUGCAUUAUAUGUAAAGAUAUGUAACUGUGCGUUGACUUUGAAAAGUUUUUUCUCCCCGUUUUUUGAAAGCUAAAUAAUUUGCCGCACUGGACUGUUAAAUCCCUGAGCCUAAUUGCAUUUGUAUGAAAUGGCGUAUUAAUUUUAAUCUGAACCACAACAUUUAGCAUCAGCAUACCAUGAAUACCACAACAUUUGUCUGUAUGACAAUAGAAACAUAUGUAGGCAAUAACGUGAAGGUAUUGUCAUAAUGCAAAAACAAUCUGUAUUUAAGAAACAAUCUGUAUUUAAGGAACAAUUGAUUAGAUCGUGAGUUUAUUCUCGUAAUUUUACACCUUUUUCCUCAAAGUACUGCAGCAGGAGGACACUAGGACCCAGGCAAAGUUUGGUCUGUUAAGGUGAGAGCGUCUCAUGGAGCACAGGUGUGUGUGAGCCUUAUUCUUGGUCUGAGAUCACUCCUAUGCACAUGCCUGCCUGGUGAGCCCAACAAACUUUGUGUUUGAAAUAUGAUUAUUUUAUUAAGUUACUGUGGGGGUGCAAACACACCCUGAGGUAUUGUUUUUUAAGUGUUAAUACUGAAUUUGUUGUAUUUCUUAUUGCAAAAAUGAUUGCAUAAUUAAAAAAAUGUAUGGGUGUCUUUAA